GUUAUUCCUCACUGCACCUCGCUGCUUGUUGGGGACACGUGGACACGGUGAGGACUCUGCUUGAACUGGGAGCCGAUACACAGGCUGAGACCUUCAGAGGGGAGAGAUCUGUAGACCUGGCUAGUAAAUACUCCAGGACUGACUGUGAGGACUGUCUCCUCCUGGCCGAAGCUAAGCAAGACUUGAUGUCAUAUGUAGCCUUUGUCACAGACCUGACCUCUGACCCCGAGAGGAACCUUACCAAAGAGGAAAAG